AUGGAGACGGCGAAUCUCGAGCUCCGACCGCUCGGACGCGACACAAAGAGCCUCAAGCACAAGCACAAGAGCACGAACAAGGGCGCGCCGCAUCGUGAGCAGCUCCAGGAGACCUGUGGCGGCCGCCCGAGCGACGCCAGCCACAGCGCAGAGCCCAAGCGGUCGUCGAGUGCGGCGUCUUCGGGGCGCUGCUGCGCGCCCACGAACAAGCGCACUGCAGCGGCUGUGCAUCGAGACGACACAGUGUGCGAGCUGCUGGCGGGAAAGAUUGCUGAGCUUGAAGUCGGAGGGGACGAGACGCUGGACGAUCUCUCGGGGCUGAGGUACAUGGAGGAGUCGCUGUCGAUGGAGAUGAAAAACAAGGCAGCGAGUGUGAGCACGAGGGAAGAGAUGGCGGCUGAGGAAAAGAUUGAGGCGCUAGUGGACAGUCUGCAUACAGCGAGUGAACGAGUGGCACUGAUGCAGAAGAAGGUGAGCGAGUUGAAUGCCAAGUGCAUUCUGCUGAAGCAACGCAAAGGCACAGUGAGCUCGGAGCUGGUGAAGUCGAACGCGUCAAGAACGAAGCUGGAACAGCUCUGUCGCGAGUUGCAAAAGCAGAAUAAGCUUAUCGUGAGCGAAAGCCGUCGCAUUGCUGACGAGGAAGAUCAAAAGAGACGCGACUUGUCAGCCCGAUUUCAGAAAACGAUCGAAGAAGUGAGCACCAAGAUGGAUAAGCAGAGCCAAGACUACGUGGCGUCAUUAAAAGAGAACGAAACUCUUCAUCAGAAGCUAAAGACGUUUCUUGAGCAAUACACGGCGCGCGAAGAGUACUUUCAGCGGCAGCUCGAAGCGAAGGAUUUGGCUGUCCAGCUCGCCGAAACGAAACUGCGACAUCAGGUCGAGCUGACGUCGCGCGAAGCAGAGAAGGUGAAAGGCACUCUUGACAAGGCAAAGGAGUUUUCUGACCGCGAAGUUCAGCUGCAAGCACAGCUCAACUCGUACUCGGAGAAGUUCGACGUGGUGCAGGAAACACUGGCAAAGAGCAAUCAGAUGUUUACUGCCUUCCGUGACGAAAUGGAACGGAUGUCAAAGACCACCAAAGUGCUGGAGAAGGAAAACCUGGCGCUGAAGAAGAAGUGUGCGGAGUAUGACAGAGGUGCAAUCGCCUCGAUCCAAGGACAGGUGGCAUCUACCGAGGAGACGCUGAAGCUGCACGAAAAGAUCAAGAAGCUCGAGAGUCUCUGUCGCCACCUUCAAGCUGAGCGCAAGAGCGUUCAACAAGACCAGCCCGACCCGACUACUGCAGCUGUUGCACGAGAGUCGGCUUGA